AUGCGUCUCUCAAAUAUCAUUCUGGUAGUGAAUGCUUUGACUUUGGUUGCAGGCGACAAUGCCCUGUGUGAAGCUGCAGCUGCUGAUCAGGCCAUGGUAAUGCCGCUCACGUACACUAAAUAUGUGAGUGAGGAUCUGAGCAACGCCGACGGGAAGCGGUACCUGCGGAGUUCCGAUGACGAAGAGAGGUUGGGCGGCGCUAACACGUUUCACAUUAAGAAGCUCGAAGAUGCGUUGAAUGACACCACUUACGCGAAAACGCUGUUCCGGAGAUGGAAGCGAAGCGGAGUCGACGAGGACACGGUCACUACGAAGUUUAAGAGCAUGCAGAUAUCUAUGGAUGAGAACGCCCUCGAGUUGAUCCAGAGUUAUCGCAUCUGGCUCAACGCGCACGCUACCAAAACGAAUCCGAAGCUAUUUGACAUAGCGAAGAUUAAGAAGGCACUGGAGGACGGCACGUACGCGCACGUGUUGUACGGCAGAUGGAAGCGUUAUGGAUUUGAAUCGGACGACGUCUUCAAGAGGUUUCAGCGUAUGGGGGUCAACAAGGACGAUAACCUGUAUCAGGUCUACAAGAAUUACGUCACCUGGCUGAACGUCCACGACCCACUCAAGAAAACUACGCUUACUACGCCCGAAGCGUUCUUGUUCUAA